GGGUUCGGCCCGUCCCACACCCCGCCGGGCAUCGCUGAGUCCCACCGGGCCAUCCCCGCAUCCCACCGCCGUCACCCGGCUCCGUCCGGACCCCCGUGCUCCGGCCCGGCCUCCCGGGUCGUCAGGCACCGACUGCGGCGGUGGCCAUGUGGGGCACUGCAGAAUGGAGAACUAUAAGAAGACCAAAAUAGUGGAGAAACCUUGUCCUCUUCCGUUCACUGAUCUGCCUGCUGAUAUUAUUGAAAUGAAGGUGAAGGAUGGGAGCAAAAUCAGGAAUCUGAUGGGCUAUGCCAUGAGCAAGAUGGAGCAGGACUCAGUGAGGCAGAUUCUUUUCACUGGCUCAGGCAAGGCUGUCAGCAAGACCAUCACCUGUGUGGAAAUCAUGAAAAGAAGGCUCAAGGAGCUGCACCAAAUCACCAAAGUGCUCUUCAGACAGAUCGAAGAGAUCUGGGAACCCAUUGUGCCUGAGGCGGGCCUCGAUGCCUUGACAGUGAAGAGGAACAUUCCUUCYAUAUGUGUCCUACUCAGCAAAGAUGCCCUGGAUCCUCAGGAGCCAGGGUACCAGGCCCCAGGAUCUUUUGAUGCCUUCUGGACUGAGACACUAAAAGCAGAAUCGCAGAGCCAGAUGAAGAGGAAGCAGGGUGGAGGCCGGGGAGCUGGCAGCACAGGGAAGCAGCCUCGCUCCACUGGGGGCGUGCCGGGGGGACCCUGAGGCAGCGGCACCGUGUGCGCUUCGGGGGAGCUGUGGAAACCAGCCCGGGGCUGUGGCUGCACAGCUGCUGCUGAACACAGGGCUCACAGAGGUGUGAGGGGAGGGCAGCAGGAGCGGACUGUUAUAAUUGGGUGUGAUUGUGGCUGUCUGAAAAYGUGUUCUGACAAGUUCCCUUGCCAAAGACUGCCAGGCUGUGYUCCUUAGGGGGUCAUGGUACACGGGAAUUGCAAGAACUGUUGGUGUUCUGUCAGCGAGCCCUGGCAAAGGGCUGCUCCCCCAGCYGGGUUUUGGGUUCCUGGGGCUGCAUCAGCCUGGGCAGUGGGACAGACACCUACCUGUGUGCCAGGUGCAGGUUGCUCUGACCSGUACAAAGGGGAAAUGGGAUCUGAUGUGGAAUCCCCUGGUAGCUGCUGGCAUCACCAGGGCUCAUGAGCAUAUGGACAGCAGGGCACAGGGCUGGGCCAGCCACUUCUGUGCCUGAAGAGUCCCUCUGCUGAGCCUGUCAGGAGUUGAAURUAGGACUGCCAGGAUAUAGCUCCAUCUGGGAUUGUGUGCACGUAGCUCUCUUUGGCUCAGUGGAGCUGGCAGUCGCAGUUCUCUACAAACAGGCAGCAGUUGAUUCAUAUUGUAACCAGCCUGAAAUCCUGUGGCUCUGCAUAUGUCCUGGGCURGUGGUAAUGGGAGGCUCCAAAGGAUCCUGUUUAUUCCCUUCUCCUCCUUGAUAAUGCACAAAGAUGGAUUUUAAAUAAAGGUGUAACUUCAUGUA